UAGCUUCAAAUCGUUUUCCAAUGGCGUCUUACAGAUCAGUUUGUUAUGCCCAUCUUCUUUGUUUGCUUUUUCAAGCUGUUUUCAUCAGCCUUUCAUGUGCUUACAAUGUUUCCCAUGAUGGAAGAGCCAUCAUCAUUGAUGGGCAGCAUAGGGUUUUGCUUUCUGGGUCCAUUCAUUACCCCAGAAGCACACCAGAAAUGUGGCCUGAUCUUAUAAGGAAAGCAAAGGAAGGCGGCUUGGAUGCAAUAGAGACUUAUGUUUUCUGGAAUGCCCAUGAGCCAGCACGUCGCCAGUAUGAUUUCUCUGGUCAUCUUGAUCUUAUAAGGUUCAUUAAAACCAUUCAAGACGAAGGCUUGUAUGCUGUUCUUCGAAUUGGACCCUAUGUUUGUGCUGAAUGGAACUACGGAGGGUUUCCUGUUUGGCUACAUAACAUGCCCGGUGUACAAGAGUUUCGAACUGUAAACGAAGUAUUUAUGAAUGAAAUGCAAAAUUUUACAACUUUGAUAGUAGAUAUGGUUAAACAAGAAAAACUCUUUGCAUCUCAAGGUGGCCCUAUUAUUAUCGCUCAGAUUGAGAAUGAAUAUGGGAACAUGAUAUCAAAUUAUGGAGAAGCUGGGAAAGUUUAUCUCGACUGGUGUGCUAAAAUGGCUGAAUCUCUUGAUGUUGGAGUUCCAUGGAUCAUGUGCCAAGAGAAUGAUGCACCCCAGCCAAUGAUCAACACAUGCAAUGGUUGGUAUUGCGAUUCAUUCACACCAAAUGAUCCCAAUAGCCCCAAAAUGUGGACUGAAAAUUGGACAGGCUGGUUUAAGAGUUGAGGCAAAGACCCACACAGGACUGCCGAGGACCUUGCCUUUUCUGUGGCAAGAUUUUUCCAAACUGGAGGCACGUUUCAAAACUAUUACAUGUACCAUGGUGGGACUAACUUUGGUAGAACAUCGGGUGGCCCUUAUCUCACUACAAGCUAUGACUAUGAUGCACCUCUUGAUGAAUUUGGAAAUCUCAAUCAGCCAAAGUGGGGACAUUUGAAGGAACUUCACACGGUCUUGAAGGCAAUGGAGAAGACCCUUACCCAUGGCAAUGUUUCCACCACUGAUUUUGGAAAUUCUGUCACAGCCACUGUUUAUGCAACUGAGGAAGGAUCAAGUUGCUUUUUUGGAAACGCAAAUACUACUGGUGAUGCUACAAUCACUUUCCAGGGAAGUGAUUAUGUUGUUCCAGCAUGGUCUGUUAGCAUUCUUCCUGACUGUAAAACCGAAGCUUACAAUACUGCUAAGGUGAACACUCAAACAUCAGUGAUCGUUAAGAAGCCAAACCAGGCUGAAAAUGAACCAUCUUCUCUCAAAUGGGUUUGGAGGCCUGAGGCCAUUGAUGAACCUGUAGUUCAAGGAAAAGGAAGCUUUUCCGCUAGUUUCCUUAUUGACCAAAAAGUAAUAAAUGAUGCUAGUGACUACCUCUGGUAUAUGACAAGUGUGGACCUCAAGCCAGAUGACAUAAUUUGGAGUGAUAAUAUGACUCUUCGAGUUAAUACCAGUGGCAUAGUACUUCAUGCAUUUGUCAAUGGAGAACAUAUUGGUUCUCAAUGGACCAAAUAUGGGGUUUUCAAAGAUGUUUUCCAGCAACAAGUCAAGUUAAAUCCUGGAAAGAAUCAAAUAUCAUUGCUUAGUGUAACUGUUGGAUUGCAGAAUUAUGGUCCAGUGUUUGACAUGGUACAAACUGGAAUCACUGGUCCGGUUGAACUGAUAGGACAGAAGGGCGACGAGACUGUUAUAAAGGAUUUGUCUUGUCACAAAUGGACAUACGAAGUUGGCUUGACCAGCUUGGAAGACAAUAAGUUUUACAGUAAAGCAAGCACUAAUGAGACCUGUGGUUGGUCGGCAGAAAAUGUCCCCUCAAACAGUAAAAUGACAUGGUACAAGACUACUUUCAAAGCCCCUCUUGGCAACGAUCCUGUUGUAUUGGAUUUACAAGGAAUGGGCAAAGGUUUCGCCUGGGUUAAUGGCUACAACCUCGGCCGUUACUGGCCUAGCUACUUGGCUGAAGCCGACGGCUGUAGCUCUGAUCCUUGUGACUAUCGCGGCCAAUAUGACAACAACAAGUGUGUCACCAACUGUGGCCAGCCUUCUCAAAGAUGGUACCAUGUGCCUCGGUCUUUUCUGCAAGAUGGUGAAAAUACCUUGGUGUUGUUCGAGGAAUUCGGCGGCAAUCCAUGGCAGGUAAAUUUCCAAACGCUGGUGGUGGGAUCAGUAUGUGGUAACGCGUACGAGAAGAAGACAUUGGAGUUGUCAUGUAAUGGACGGCCAAUCUCUGCAAUUAAGUUUGCCAGUUUUGGUGAUCCACAAGGAACAUGCGGAUCUUUCCAAGCGGGGACUUGUCAAACUGAGCAAGACAUAUUGCCGGUGCUUCAACAGGAGUGUGUCGGAAAGGAGACAUGUUCCAUUGACAUUUCUGAAGAUAAGCUUGGCACAACUAACUGCGGAAGUGUUGUCAAAAGACUUGCUGUGGAAGCUGUGUGUUAGUAGGAAUAUUAUAUAAUUUAGACAAAGCUAUUUUUCAUGUUUUCCUUUAGUUUUUACUUACCGUAGGGCGAAAUGUGUUUGUCCUAAAUUUUGUUUUGCAACCCUUCUGGGUGAUUAGUUUUUAGUUUAUCGUGAAACUUUUAUUUCCUGAAUUCAUAAUUUUAACUUGAUAGAUUCAUUUCCAAUA